CAAUGAGAGUGAUAAAACUUCAAUGGUCUCCCAUAAAUCCUCCAUUCAAGAUGCCUACUGACCCUCCACAUCCCCCUUCCGGCUCGAUGAUAUCUAGCUCUAUGUAUUUUCUUUUUCUCAGACUAUUUAUACACCAUUACCCAUCACUCUUUCCUCAUAUCGUAAAAUCCAUACCUUUAUCAUGGUAAAAAAAACUGCAAUCCUCACCGGCGAAGCUUUUUCUCCUCUCCUCUUCCGACAUGUUUCACCAGGACUAGGAGAUUCUACCUUGCAAUUUAGGUUUAUUCAUUUCUGGGAAGCUCGCAAGAAUGUUAAAGGAGGACCAUGCAUCUUUCUUGGGAUUGAGAUGCUUAUGAUCGAUGAAGAGGGUACUUUGGCUCAGGGGUUCAUCGGUCAGAAUCGUCGCAACCAAUAUGAAAAAGAGCUCGAGCGUGGGAGUAUCUACACACUGACAAACUUCUAUGCAUCCAACAGCAAGGUGAUGUACCAUGUUGCUGAUCAAAAUCUGGUAAUUUGCAUCUCACACGUCUCGGCCCUGUCGAAGGUUGAAGAAAACAUUGAAGGCAUUUUGACAGAGCGCUUCAGAAUCCAUUCCUUUUCAGAUUUUGAAGCCAAUUGCGAUCUCAGAGGGGAUAUUCACGAUGUUGUUGGCCACCUUAAGCUGGUCGAUGGUCAGCCUCUCCAUCAGCGUCUGGUUUUGUGCACCAAGGAUGACUCAACUUCUCGGAGAGUUAUGGUUCAUUUGCAGCUUAAAAAUGGUCCAGUAAUGAACAUCUACCUAUGGGAUGAGGCUGCAGAAAAUUUCUGCCUUAAGUUUGACGCAUGUGCAGCCACUCGAACGGUUCUAUUGGUCACAACGGUCAAUCCUAAAAGACUAGGAAAAUUGCGCCUAAGUUCAAUGUCGUAUUCCAGAGUGUUUUUGGACGAAGAGGUUGACUCCCCCAAAGAGUACUUGACCUGGUUGACCACGAACCCAUCUGCAACUUCUUCGGUCAACCCUGUUGAGGUGGUUAAAGCUGAGACGCUCACAAUAAGUGAGAUUGCUGUCUUCAUCAAGCGUCAGCCUGCUAAGGUAAUCCCAUUUGGUUAUGAAAAUCAAACACUUUUUUGAAUUUAGUUGCUGACAACCCUUGGCACAUGAUUUCAAAUUGCCUACUUUGACUGCAUUGCCAGAAUUGAUGAUGUCAAACUUAGCACUGAGUGGUAUUACAUUGCUUGCAAGGAUUGUCAGCCAAAGUAGGCAUGGGCAUUCGGGUCGUCGGGUCGGGUUCUGAUCGGGUCCUUUUGGAUCUGGGUCUAAGAGUUUAGGAUCGUGCCGGGUCCGGGUCGGUUCGGAUCGUGCCGGGUCCGGGUCGGGUCGGGUCUUAGAUAGUUAGAUCCAUUCGGGUAACUAGAAUUUAUCGGUUCGAAUUUAGUUCGGUUUCGGGUCGGGUUCGGUUUGGAUUCGAUUUAAAAAGACCUAAAAAUACAAAAAAAUAUCUGAAGAUAUUUAUAUAUCCGAAAAUAUUCGAAAUUUUAUUCAAAAUUUGUGUUUUUAUUAUAUUAAAAUGUGUAUAUAUAUUAAACAAUGCGAGAUAGAACAACAAUCCGUUGUCUCCUAGUGGUUGACCCCCAUGUUCUAUAGACAAAUAACACGUCUUCGAUUCUUCCUUGAUGCAUUUACAUUAUUAAUUCGGGUACCCAUCGAGUUUCGGGUUUGGAUCGGGUCGGGUCCAAGACCCGCGGAUCCUCUGCAACAAGACCCGAUAGGGUAAUUUGAUCGGGUCGGUUUUCACCCGAACCGUGUUUUUUCGGGUCGGGUCUUUGGGUCCGGGUAAAAUGCCCAGGCCUAAGCCAAAGUUAAACCGUGGGCCUACAACACUGAUUUGUCCAAAAUGCUGCAAUGAAAAUGCUACUACAGUAGCCAAGUAAGAUUCCCCCUUCAAACAUAUAUGCAUUCUACAAAGUAUAUACUAAUCACUUGCCCUUUAAACAACUACCGGGUGGAGAUGUUUGUCUAUGAUAAUGAGGAGCAGUGCACUUUCAUCAUUCUCGGAGAUGCUGGGAAAUAGUUCACUGGCAGAAAAGCAAUAGAGUUGAUUGACACUUAUGUUGAGGAAAACGGUGGUGAUGGGACUGAGCUUGAGGUUCCACUGCCACAAUGUUUUAUUGAUACAAUAGAACAAAUAAAGAAAUUCAGGAUCAAGGUGGCCCACUACAAUUUCACAUCUACCAGACUAUCCUUGACCGCUACUAGAAUUGUCUCAUCUGCAGUUUUACUAUUAAAGAAUCCCCCACUCAACACGCCACCUAUUCCUUUAUCCACAACCCAAAACAACCGUGCAGCAAACUGCAGUGGAAAUCUCAGACGUGGCUGAGAGCAGUGGGGGUGGAUCUCCCUAUGCAAACAAUCGUCCAACUUCCCACUAACGACCAGAAGAAACCAAAGCAUAUCAAGCGUUGUGGUUAGAUCACCUACACUAAAGCCACUCCAUCAAUGGCUGUACAGACUAUCCAGUCAGCAUGCUUCUCUAAUAACAGUCUUUUUUAUUUUUCCUUAGUCAUUUACUUUUCUUUUUGCUAAGAAAUUUUAUUAUUGGAAAAACAUCAUGGUUUGGGUUUUCUUUUUAAAGUUGUUUGGUUUUCAUUCUGUGUCUUGGUUAUGCAACUUAUAAUAUUUUAUGUCCAGUUGUUAAUUAUUCUACUUAGAACAAGAAAACAAAAUACAAUGCAUGCAGUCGAAUUA